CCUGCCUUGGUAUAUAUAGCCCGUGCAACGAUGAGAGGUCUCCUGGCAGCCACCAUGAAGGGUCUAGUCUCCAUCUGCUGUUUCGUCUCCCUGCUGAUUUUGCAGGCCACAGCAGAGGAAGAAGAAGAAGAUUUCACCGCCAUCCUCAGAGACAGAUCUCACAUCGACGAGACGCUCCGAUUUACAACUGAGGAAAAAGCAACAGAUUAUGCAGCGGCACUGCAGAGGUUACGGAAGAUCUACCACACGUCCAUCAGGCCCAUGGAGCAGGCCUACAAGUACAACGAGCUAAGGCAGCACGAGAUCUCAGCCUACCCUGGACGAACCCUGGGGGACGCAGCCACAGAUGGGGAAAUUACAUCCAAGCCCAUGGUGCUGUUCCUCGGACCUUGGAGUGUAGGAAAGUCCUCCAUGAUUAAUUACCUCCUGGGCUUAAAUGACAGCCCUUAUCAGCUCUACACAGGAGCUGAGCCUACUACCUCUGAGUUCACGGUGAUAAUGCACGGAGAGAAGAUCCGCUCCGUCGAGGGCAUCGUGAUGGCGGCGGACAGCUCCCGGUCCUUCUCUCCACUGGAGAAAUUUGGACAAAACUUCCUGGAAAAGUUGAUUGGUAUUGAGAUGCCGCACAAGCUGCUGGAACGUGUGACCUUUGUGGACACGCCCGGAAUCAUUGAGAACCGCAAACAACAGGAAAGAGGCUACCCCUUCAAUGACGUGUGUCAGUGGUUCAUUGACCGCGCUGACCUCAUCUUCGUGGUGUUCGACCCCACCAAGCUGGACGUCGGACUGGAGCUGGAGAUGCUGUUCCGUCAACUCAAAGGCCGCGAGUCCCAGAUCCGCAUCAUCCUCAACAAGGCCGACCACCUGGUCACCCAGGACUUAAUGCGGGUCUACGGAGCUCUUUUCUGGAGCUUGGCGCCGCUUAUCAACGUGACGGAACCCCCCCGCGUCUACGUCAGUUCUUUCUGGCCCUACGACUACGCCCCCGACACCAGCCGCGAGCUCUUCAAGCGGGAGGAGAUCUCCCUCCUGGAGGAUCUCAACCAGGUGAUCGAGAACCGCAUGGAGAAUAAGAUCGCCUUCAUCCGCCAGCACGGAAUCCGCGUUCGUAUCCACGGCCUGCUGGUGGACCGCUACGUCCAGACCUUUAAGGACAAGAUGAGCUUCUUCAGCGACCCGGAACUCGUCUUCAAGGAGAUCGUAGACGACCCGGACAAGUUCUACAUCUUCAAAUCCAUCCUGGCUAAAACCAACGUCAGCAAGUUCGACCUGCCCAACCGCGACGCCUACCGUGACUUCUUCGGCGUCAACCCCAUCACCAACUUCAAAGCUUUGUCCUCCCAGUGCUCCUACAUCGGAGGCUGUCUGCUGGAUAAGAUCGAAAAGGCCAUCACAAACGAGCUGCCCGCCCUCCUGAGCAGCAUCAACUCCGGCAAACAGCCGGGACUUUCAUCCUGCGAGGCCACCGGCUGCGGAGAGAAGCCCAAAAACCGCUAUCGAAAGAACUGAGGAACGGAGGUGACAGAGGAGGUGAAGAAAAGGAGGUUCUGAUGUGAUUCAGAAAGCCGGUAUUAUCGAGGAAAAAAAAAAAAAAAGGAUAUUAGCGUUUAAUUUUCCUCAGAUGAUGCAUUUAGGGACUGUGGGGAUCGAGGCAGGUAGCGGGAGGGGCGGGGUCAUUGUGUGAUAACGGCAGCUUCAGGAAACAAGUGCUGAUGAGUUAGAGGACUUUGUGGUUUUUUUGAGCGCGGGGGGGUAACCAAAGAGAUUGCCAAUCCAAUACCAGCUCCCUUGUAUGUGAAUAAAAUCGGAAGUGGAAA